AUGGACGAAGCUGAACUCAACGCCAUUAGAGCCGCCCGCUUGGCCGAGCUCCAGAAAAACUCUGCUCCUCAAGGCCAAGAAGAAAAGUUUUCCGUUCUAGCGCAGGUCUUGGAGCCCUCUGCGCGGGAAAGAUUGGCAAGAGUCCGUAUCGUUCGGCCCGAGCGGGCAGAUCAAGUCGAACAGUACUUGGUCAAGAUGCUUUCGAUGGGUUCCAUCACGCGAAAGUUGGGCGAGGCCGACAUUGUGGAGCUUUUGGACUCACUUUCGCGAGACGAGAAGAAACUGAGCCAGAUUGUGUUUGAGCGUCGUGAUGAUAGCGACGACGAUUUUUUCGACUAA